GCAGUUGCUUGCGUUGCUUGUAAAAUGAGGCUUUUGUCUAUAGUUAUUCUUAUUAUUGUUACAGUUUUGCUUAUCUGCACAGUAUCUGCUAUCGAGGGGUUUCAUCGCAACUGCAAGCGUCUGCCUCGUCCAUACGUUGACGUCCCCGGUCUACGACACGGACAUCCAGAUCACAGAGUACAAGAGUGGCUCCAAAGCCAACAAGCACUCCUAAACCAAAUCCCCCAGUCUCCCCAAUUCCAACCCUCUCAACAAUGUCCAACGCCAACACCGACGGCCCCAUAGUCGCCGACAUCCUCUCCAAAACCCGGCUCAUAAACACCUACGCAUCCCUAACCCGCGAAUUUGAGUCCGCCCUCUCGCACAUCAACAACCCCUCCAAGAAUAUCACAAUCCUAGCCCCUCGCAACUCCGCAAUCCAUAACCUGCCGCACAAGCCCUGGGAGAACCCCGAGGAUUAUGAGCGGUUGGGCGAGGUGAAUGUGUAUGAGGGGAGGGAGGGGAAGGAUCGAGCGCAGGGGAAUUUGAAGAGGUUUGUGGAGGCGCAUAUUGUGAGUGUUUGUCCGUGGGGGGAGGGGGUGGAGGCUGAGACGCUUUGUGGGAAGAAGGUUAGGUGGGUUAAGGAAGGGGGAAAGAUAGUGAUUGAGCCUGGGCAUAUUGAGGUAGACCAUGUUGCUGAGAAGGUGGCUAAUGGUGAGGUUUGGAUUCUCAAUGGGGUUCUUGACCCUCGUUAGGUGAGUUAUGAGUAAUGCUUGACGACUAUUGCAUUUAUUGUACGAUUCAUGGUUCAAUGAAAAUAUUCUCAUCC